CCACACUCUUAACAGAGCCCAUUUAGUGAAGGUUUUUUUGAGAGUGCUGUCUUUAAAGUGUGAAAGUUACUAAGAAGUACAAGAUAAGUUAAGUGUAUCAAGUCCAGAUAGCACUGUCUUUGUAAGUAGCAGGAAAAAAGUAAGAGGCAAGAAGAAGCCAAGCCAUUAAGGAAAAAUACCAAGAAGAGCUAUAGUGUAAAGAAGGAGAAAGGGAAGAGGCUAAGCAAAGCAGAAGAAGCCAUAAGAAAGAAGAUAGCAUUAGAAGAAGAGAAAGAAAAGAAAAAGAUCAACAAGAUUGAAGAAGAAAGAGGCAACAUAACAUUAAGAACUGAGCUUCAAAAAGAAGGAGAAAAAGCGAAACUCAAACAAGAACCGAGAACACGAAGGUAUAGCAGUACAACCAACAAGCAACAAAGAAAACAGUACAAUGAACAACACAACAGUUCCACCAGUUCCUCGAAACUGUCUCAAUAUAAGUGGUAAAAUCAURUGCCGCUUCAUGCCUCCACCGAUGCCCGCUGAGGUCAAGGAGCUAAUGGAGCUUAACGAUACGCUAAAACCAGUCUUCACCACGCUGUCUCUCACGUUGCUGUCCAUUGCCUUAAUUGGUAAUCUAUCCAUCAUCGUUACCAUCUUCAAAGAUCCAAGAAUUCAUGGCAUGGUGCACGUGUUUCUCUUAAAUAUCAUUCCUUUCUUAAUCAUUUUGAUCGCCAAUGGGAAGAUCAUCAUGUCAAUCAAAAAGGCUGGACUCUUCGUCGUGAGCAGGAAGAUUGGCCAGGAGACUCAGAGAAGACGCGAACAUCUUCUGAAACUUCUCUUCGCAAUCAUARUCUGUUUCAUUGUGCUUUGGCUACCCUACACYAUCAUGUAUGUCUUCAUGGGGUUCUUCAAAACAAAGGAUUACGUUUCGAUUUUAAGGAUAAUGAUCAUAGCACGAUCAUUCGUCGUAGCUACGUAUCUCCACCCGGCGCUCAAUGCAUUCAUGUAUUACGGAUUCUGUAAGGAUUUUCGUCGGGGGCUGGCAACUUUGAUGAGAMGGAGCACAACACGCGGACGUUCUCGUACCCAGUCCACGAACUAAACAUUGGACCGCGAGAGAAUGAAUUGAUUCCAAACCAAUACGGCGCUUCAAUCGCCUAUUAGGCGAUUUGCAUUAUGGCGUCAUUUAUUACAACUACCAGAAUACUUUGCCCACUUUCUUUUGUAAUGCAAUUA